CAGUGAUGGAGGACACCCGCUGAGGAGGCUCCCGAUUCGGUCUCCAAAGAAAUCGAAAAAAGGCGAUGACAGAGGCGCUAAAUCCUCGUCUAGCCUGAGCGUCCACACUAAGAACUUCUACAUAGCAUCGUACCCUGUGGUGUUGCUGUUUAAUGUGCUCCGUACCGUAUUGUACCACUUAUAUUUACUGCUUAAGACGAUAUUCAGAGCAGGGAACACGUACCUGACUCACACGCGGGGGCAGGAGGCGACCCACACAGAGCUGGACAGUGUAGGAGUGGGUGUGGAGAGAGUGGUGGUGGUGGAGGAGGUGGUGGACGAAGGGGAAAUGCCGCCCAAAACUAGUAAUCCUGGCCCGGGGGAUCCUUUGCUGGCCAGACAGAAGCACCACCACAAAGCCUUCGAGUACAUCUCCAAGGCGCUCAAGAUUGAUGAGGAGAAUGAGGGCAACAAGGAGGCAGCGAUGGACCUGUACCGGCGGGGCAUCGCGGAGCUGGAGGCAGGCAUCGCGGUGGAGUGUGUGGGCCGCGGCGAAGCGUACGAGAGGGCUCAGAGACUACAGGAAAAGAUGAGGACUAACUUACUCAUGGCUAAAGAGAGAUUGGAUAUGCUGGAGUCGGUGGUACAUCUUCAUCGCCUGGAGCUGGACACCCCUCCCAUCACCCUCACCUCCUUCACCCCCCCUGCCUCCCCAUCCUCCCGCAAAACCCACUCCCCCCGCCGGGCCAUCGUGGGGACCCGGGGAGGGCUGCCGUCUGCCCCCACCCACCGGCCCCGUGCUAGGGUGGCUCCGCAGGUGAUGGGGGAGGAGGUGGGCGGGCGACAUGAUCGACGUCACCAAGCCAAGCCUCCGGAAGACUCCAAAACCUACAAGAAGAUUCCAACCACUCGCCGCAUUAACGCACUGAGCACCAAGAGCCACACGCUGCCUCGGAAUAUGGGCGCCACCACCACCACCAAGGGCGCCACAGUGGUCAAGGGACGCUCGGGGGACGCCAAACACCCCAGCACACCGCCAGCUCUCCGGAGACAAGGAUCUACUGGCCAGAAUGGCAGCUCCUCUCCUAGCAGUGCCUCUCCACUGCGACGCCGGGGCUCUGCAGGGUCAGGGCUGGGACAAAAUGGGUCUAACGGCACCCCUAAGCAUGUUCCGGGCCACCGUCGCUCUGCCUCGGCCUCACUGAAGGGGGUGGACACUCGGUUGGCACACAGCAUUAUGGACGAGAUCAUUGAGUCAUCCUCACCGGUGUCCUGGGAUGAUAUAGCUGGGCAAGAGACAGCCAAGAAGGCGCUGCAGGAGAUAGUCAUCCUGCCAGCGUUGAGACCUGAGCUCUUCACCGGCCUGCGUGCUCCUGCCAGGGGUCUGCUGCUCUUUGGUCCCCCAGGUAACGGCAAGACAAUGCUGGCCCGGGCGGUGGCUAGUGAAAGCUCUGCCACCUUCUUCAAUAUCAGCGCCUCGAGUCUCACCAGCAAAUAUGUGGGUGAGGGGGAGAAGCUAGUCAAGGCUCUCUUCUCUGUUGCACGGGAGCUUCAGCCUGCCAUCAUCUUCAUUGACGAGAUAGACUCCUUGCUGUGUGAGCCGGGAGGGGAGCAUGAGGCCUCACGCAGACUCAAGACGGAAUUCCUGGUGGAGUUUGAUGGGUUGAAGUCUGAGGCUGAGGAGAAGAUACUCAUUAUGGGAGCCACCAAUCGGCCGCAGGAGCUGGAUGACGCUGCUCUGAGACGGUUCAGCAAGCGUGUGUACGUGUCGCUGCCCAGCAAGACAACCCGCACUGUGCUGCUCGGCAAGCUGUUGUCCAAGCAGAAGUCUGAACUCAGCACCAAAGACCUCGACUCCCUGGCCAUGCUGACCGAGGGAUACUCCGGCUCAGACCUCACUGCCCUGGCCAAGGACGCUGCCCUCGCCCCCAUCAGAGAGUUGCGGCCAGACCAGGUGGUGUCCUGCGAUCCGUCAGAAGUCCGCGGCAUCACACUCAGAGAUUUCAAGGAGUCGCUCAAGAAGAUCCGCCGGUCCAUCCCUCAAGCCUCCCUCACCUCAUAUGAAAAAUGGAAUGCGGAUUAUGGAGACUUAUCCUCGUAAACGCACGCACAUACUGUAUACACGCACAUGCGCGCGCACACACACACACACACACACACACACACACACACACGCACACACACACACACACAGAUAGUUGACGGCUGCAUUUAAGUAACCUAUAUUCACUUCCAUUAUGUUUUGGUUGUCUGUCAUCUUUUUUUUUUUUUUUUAAUGCAGGAGGAAAACCAACUAAAGGCAACAAAAUAUUAAAAAAAGGAAAAGGCCCACUGGAAAUGCUGCUUCCCUUAAAGAGUUUUUUUUAUUUAUUUAUGCAAGAGGAAGAACUACCAAGGGGAAAAAGAUAUUAGAAAAAAAAAAGGCUCGCUAGAAAAAGACCCACUGUUGUAAAGAAUUAGCCAAAAUGCAAGGAAGCUUUAAAUUGCCAGCUUAUGUGACUAGAAUGUAUGUAAAUUCAGUGCUUGUAGGAUUGAAGACAGUGCUAAACCCCAUCCUAAGUCCUGAUGGGUAAAGAAUUGAUCACUUAAAAGGUUUUGUGAGUUUGUUAUGAGUAUACCAGUGGACUUUUGAUUGAAGAAAGGGCUAUACCAAAAUAUUACUGGUAUAGAUCAUAUGGUAAUUCAGUGGGUGUGAGGAAAAGAAGAAAAUGGUGAAGAUAGUGGAAGAGAAAAAAAAAGGGAAAAACAGCAGAAGAGAAAGAAAAUUAUAAGAACAGAAUAGAAAAAAAUAGUAAAUGUAAACACAGUGGAAAAGAAAGAAACGAACACAGCGGAAGAGAAAUAAAAUAAAAACACUGAAAGAAAAUGGUAAACAGCGGAAGACAAAGAAAAUGGCAAACGCAGUGGAAGUGAGGCGAGGUUACUUGAGUGUUAGCUGUCACUUCAAUUCAAAGCCAAAGAAUAUCACCAGCCAGUCAUAUGUUAUCCUUGUAGCUUCUCCCCACCUCCCACUAUGCAUGGUGAUCCACAUAGCCACCCCACCUCCCUCACAUGUGGAUCUCUUCUGCCCUCACCUUCCAGUAUCUUGUGGUGGUGUUGGCGGACUCUCCAUCUCUCUGUACAUUGUGGAUUGCUACUUAUUCUCUCUCUAUAAAUGAGUGGAUGUCUUUUUACUUCCAAAAUUAUCCACCUGAAUGCUUUAAAAUCCUCUCCUCUUUAAGGAAUGAAUGUGGUGGCGUUUAUAUUCUCUCUCUCUGUACCUUAUGAAGCGCUGUUUACUCUCUCAAUCUCUCUAUAAAUGUGUAGGUGUCUUUUUACCUCCAAAAUUACUCAUCUGAAUGCUUUAAAAUUUCUCUCCACUUUAAGGAAUGUGUGCGGUGGUUUACAUUCUGUCUCUGUAUCUUAUGAAGUGCUGUUUACUCUCUCAAUCUCUUGAUAAAUAUGUAGGUGUCUUUUCCCUCCAAAAUUACUCAUCUGAAUGCUUUAAAAUUUCACUACACUCUGUACCUUACAAAACACUAUUUACUCUCUCAAUCUCUCUCUAUAAAGGUGUAGGUGUCUUUUUACCUCCAAAAUUACUCAUCUGAAUGCCUUAUUUUCUCUCGACCUUAGGUGGUGGUUUACAUUCUCUCUAUCUUUCUCUCUCUCUCUCUCUCUCUCUUUAUUUUUCUUUCUUUCUCCCAACAUGGCACUUGUCUCUCCCUUACCUACAGUUCUUGAGGCUUCACCUGUUCCGUGAUCUCAUAGUGACUCCACAGCAGGACUUGAGCCAGGCUAGGUCUCCUCCUCAGUCUGGUUCCUCCUUCUAAUUGUUAGUGAAGGACUGAGCUGCUCUCCUUGUCUCCUCUUGUGAUGCUGUGACUGAGAGAGAGAGAGAGAGAGAGAGAGAGAGAGAGAGAGAGAGAGAGAGAGAGAGAGAGAGAGAGAGAGAGAGAGAGAGAGACCCCUAAGAGUGGAUGGGAAGAGCUCUAGUCACCACCUAUGGCUUGGUAGUUUUAGUUCAGCAUCCACGCGGUAGAUGGCAGAUUUUACCGUGUUUUGGACUGGUGAAUUACUUUGGUCCACACUGCUCCACUUCACUCCGCUUCAUUCCGCUUCACUUGAGUCCCUGCAUUUGCCGACACACUCACGCUUCUCUCUUUGCUUAGUACAUUUGUUUCCUUCUCUUACUGCAUUUUUUAUCUUCGUUUAUUCUCUUCACUAAUUUGUAUUGUGUCUGUUCUUCAAUUUCAAUUUCUUGUUCUUUUCUUUUUUUAUUUAUCUUCACUUUAUUUGCUUGUUUUUUAUUUUUUCUUGCUUUUUUUUCUUUUUUCAUUUAUUUUCUUCACUAAUUCAUAUUG